UUAAUUUGCUGUUUGGGGGCGGAGCUCCAACUUCGUGUGUGUGUGCGUGUUGGUGUGUGUUGCUGGUUUGAAUAAGAAGCUACUGGGGAGUCGGACACUCAGAGUUGACAGAUCGACUUAUUGGCGAUUAACACACGACUGACAGUGCUCAGCAUGGCCCACACUCAAGGGAAGUUUGAUUUCGCCAUCGACCGAGGAGGAACCUUCACGGACGUAUUUGCUCGACUACCAGACGGCCGGGAAAGGGUCCUCAAACUGCUUUCGCGUGACCCUCAGAACUACAAAGAUGCCCCCACUGAGGGUAUCCGUAGAGUCAUGGAGGAGGAAACGGGAUGUGCUUUUCCCCGCGACCAGCCCGUCGACACAUCUCGGAUCGGCUGGAUUCGAAUGGGCACCACGGUGGCCACCAAUGCGCUGCUGGAGAGAGAAGGGGAAAGGACAGCUCUGCUUGUCACCAAAGGCUUCAAAGACUUGCUGCACAUUGGAACGCAGGCCAGGCCUAAGCUGUUUGACUUGGAGGUGUCAGUGCCUGAUGUGCUGUACGAGGAGGUUAUCGAGGUAGACGAGCGUGUUGUCCUCAAGCAAGAUGGCUGCCGGCUCCCCAGGAAGGAUCCUAAGCGUGUUGUCACAGGCAGCACCGGGGAUAGUCUGGAGGUGUGGCGGGAGCUUGAUCUGGAACGUGUGGAGAAGGAUCUGAGAGGAGUUCUAUCCCGUGGAAUCACCAGUCUAGCGGUGCUUCUGCUUCACUCCUACACUUGGUCUGAGCAUGAGAAAGCUGUAGGUGCCCUGGCCCGUCAGCUGGGCUUCACCCAAGUGUCUCUGUCCUCUGAGGUCAUGCCCAUGGUGAGGGCAGUCCCCCGAGGGUACACCGUCUGCGCCGAUGCCUACCUCACUCCCAAAAUCCGGGAGUACCUUAAAGGCUUCACCUCUGGCUUUAAGGGUGCCCUGAAGGAUGUGGAUGUCCUGUUCAUGCAGUCAGACGGUGGUCUGACUCCCAUGCAGCAGUUCUGUGGUUCGCGCGCCGUCUUGUCUGGGCCAGCCGGGGGAGUUGUGGGUUACGCUGUCACUUCUUACAGCCAGAUGGAGAAGAGACCUGUGAUUGGCUUUGAUAUGGGUGGAACAUCGACUGAUGUGAGUCGUUACGCGGGCCAGUUUGAGCACGUGUUUGAAGCGACCACAGCUGGAGUCACCCUGCAAGCGCCUCAGCUCGACAUCAACACUGUGGCGGCAGGCGGGGGGUCGCGACUCUUCUUCAGGUCGGGGAUGUUUGUGGUUGGGCCGGAGUCUGCUGGUGCCCAUCCAGGACCGGCCUGCUAUCGGAAAGGUGGUCCGCUGACUGUGACAGAUGCUAACUUAGGUCUAGGCCGCCUCCUCCCUUCCUUCUUUCCAAAGAUAUUUGGACCUGGCGAGAAUGAACCUCUAUCCCUCGACCAGACGAUGACGCAAUUCCGUCAUCUGACCCAAGAGAUUAACCAUUUCCUGUCCUCUAACAAAUCACAACCUGGUGCAAAUGGCACAAACCAAUCAAAGAGCGCUACUUUGUCCAAAAGCCAAUCUGAGAUGACUUUGGAAGAUGUGGCCAUGGGAUUCAUCCGCGUGGCAAAUGAGGCCAUGUGUCGGCCAAUAAGAGCCCUGACACAGGCAAAGGGCCAUGACACAUCUCAGCAUGUUUUAGCGUGUUUCGGGGGCGCUGGUGGCCAGCACGCCUGUGCAAUCGCCCGAUCCCUUGGGAUGAAGACAGUCUUUAUACACAAGUACAGUGGUGUUCUGUCAGCAUACGGUCUGGCUCUAGCGGACGUUGUCGAGGAGGUGCAGGAGCCGUGCUCGCUUCAGUACGAAAAGAAUUCUUUCGGCGAGCUUGACCGUAGAGUUGACCUGCUCUCACAACGCUGCCACGACACACUACAUUCGCGCGGAUUCAACAGUGGCCAAAUAAGCACUGAGGUUUUUCUCCACCUGCGCUAUGAGGGCACAGACUGCGCCCUCAUGGUGACAGCAGCUGAUUAUCCCCGAAAUGAGAGGACCUCGAAAGCUGGUGACUUCCGCAGUGCCUUUACUCAAAGGUAUCUGAAGGAAUUUGGAUUCACCAUCCCAGAGAGGCCCAUCAUGGUAGAUGACAUCAGAGUGAGGGGCUGUGGCAAGUCUGGCAUCAAAGUGAUGUACAAACCAAAGAAGGGACGCGGUCAGGCUAAACCUGUCACGAUGACCAAAUGUUACUUUGAGGAUGGUUACCAUGACACAUCCGUGUAUCUGUGGGAGGAACUUCUUUGUGGUCACACCAUCACAGGACCAGCCAUCAUCAUUGACAAGAACAGUACAAUCCUGGUGGAACCCUGCUGUGAGGCCUGUUUGACAGAAGGGGGUGAUGUUUGCAUGACGGUAGGCUCCGACCCUCACUGCGCAGUCGGCACAGAGCUCAACACAGUACAACUCUCCAUCUUCUCCCAUCGCUUCAUGAGCAUAGCAGAACAGAUGGGCAGAGUACUUCAAAGAACGUCCAUCUCCACCAACAUCAAGGAGCGUCUUGAUUUCUCCUGUGCUGUGUUUGGACCUGAUGGGGGCCUGGUGUCAAACGCACCCCACAUUCCUGUCCAUCUUGGUGCCAUGCAGGAGACUGUCCAGUACCAGAUCAAGUCUCUGAGGGGGGACCUAAAAGAGGGAGAUGUGAUUCUGAGUAACCACCCGUGUGCCGGCGGCAGUCAUCUCCCUGACCUCACAGUCAUCACUCCAGUGUUUAGGAAAGGCGUAAGUGGGCCGGUGUUCUUUGUAGCCAGCAGGGGGCACCAUGCAGACAUAGGAGGCAUCACUCCAGGUUCCAUGCCCCCACACUCCACCUCUCUGCAACAGGAGGGCGCCGUCUUCAUUUCCUUCAAACUUGUCACGGGUGGAGUCUUCCAGGAAGAAGCUGUGACUGAGGCUCUAAUGGCUCCAGCCCAAUACCCAGAGUCCUCUGGAACUCGGAAUCUCCACGACAACCUAUCGGACCUGCGCGCUCAGGUCGCGGCCAACCGGAGAGGCAGUCAGCUGGUGGGAGAGUUGAUUGACUGCUACGGGCUGGCUGUAGUUCAGGCCUAUAUGGGCUACAUCCAGAGUAACGCAGAGCUGGCAGUGAGGGACAUGCUGAGAGACUUUGCGCGUCGCCGACGGCAACAGACAGGCUCCUUAGAAGUGGAGUCGGAGGAUUUCAUGGAUGAUGGCACCCCAAUCCGACUGCGGGUCAACAUUAAUGAAGACGAGGGAACUGCGGUGUUUGACUUUACCGGGACUGGGACAGAGGUUUGGGGGAAUUGCAAUGCUCCUCGAGCUAUUACUCUCUCUGCCCUCAUCUACUGCCUCCGGUGCAUGGUGGGUCAGGACAUCCCCCUCAAUCAGGGCUGUCUUGCCCCAAUCAAAGUCAUCAUCCCUCCAGGUUCCAUCCUGCAACCCUCACAAAAUGCUGCCGUGGUUGGCGGCAAUGUGCUCACGUCGCAGAGAGUUGUGGAUGUCAUUUUUAAAGCGUUUGAGGUCUGCGCCGCCUCUCAGGGUUGCAUGAACAAUAUUUCAUUCGGCAGCGAGAAGGUUGGAUACUAUGAGACCGUCGCCGGCGGUGCUGGGGCAGGGCCAAGUUGGAAUGGGAGAAGUGGUGUUCACAGUCACAUGACCAACACCCGCAUUACUGACCCAGAGAUUUUAGAAAAGAGGUACCCAGUGAUUUUGGAGCAGUUUUCUUUGCGACCCGCUUCAGGAGGUGCAGGGAAAUACCGUGGAGGAGACGGUGUGAUUCGGAAGCUCUUGUUCAGGGACAAUGUGGUCCUUUCUGUACUAAGUGAGAGGCGAUCCACGCGCCCCUAUGGCCUUGAGGGAGGUGAAGAUGGUGCCACGGGACUGAACAUGCUCCAAAGAGCUGAUGGCAGAGUGCUCAGUCUGGGUGGCAAGACCAGUGUCAGCCUUCAACCGGGGGACAUGUUCUGCCUAUAUACCCCUGGGGGUGGGGGGUAUGGGAAGGAGGAGGAAACAAAUAGAAAACCACAGACCAAGCGCAGGCGCUUGAAUGAGACUUUCUCUGAGAGAGGCAGCGUCUUUGAAUACCGCAUGGCCCAAGAGGGAGUGUGACUGAGAAGAAGUAAAGCAAAUACAGGUGGAAAGCUCGAUACGUCGCAAAUUAUUUCUUAAAUGAAUGAGCAGAUGCAGCAAAGGAAGGCUCGAGUUUUGCAGAGAUCUUGCUUCCAGCUGGACUUCUUGGGGGGACUUUGCAGUAAGUCAUUCAACCGAGAAAGUUGAGAGUUUCGGGAAUGCGCGUCUUUUGUUCCAAUUAACGUAGUGCUAAUGUGCCGACUCUUGUUUCCCAGCAAGACAGUGAAAACAAGUUGGAUUAGGAGAAACCCCGUCGGCAGGCUGACGACCAAGUAAGUAGAGAAGCUGCUUAGCAUCUGAGUGGAUUUGGGGGGCCAUUCAACACCCAUUUGUGGGUUUUUGGGGGGGGGGGGGGCUGACAAGCUGCGAAGUGUUCGGGAUGGACAGAACAUUCACACCUUGUACAAGGACAAUCUUGUAGUGGUUUGUCAAAGGGGCUAAAUAUUCCCUUGGAAAAGCCACGAAUCAACAAAAAUCUCAAUUUCCUCUGACUUCACACGGCUGUUAAAUCAAAUAUUCGUGGUUAUGCUUUGAAUCAAUCACACUGUACAUAAUGGUCAAAUUCACUUUAACAAGUGGUUAUUAUAACAUUUCUCAUGCAUUCCAGCACUUAAAUGGCAAAUCUUGACUAAACCUACAUCUAUACAAUUUUUGGCAAGUAGUUAUUUUGUCAUCCCGACAUUCUUCUGACACAUUUUUCUAUAAAUUGUUAAAAACCCUUGUUGAGAUGAAACAAGAUUCACAAGAGCGCCCUUCAUCCAAGAGAACAAGUAGUGAUGGAACACAAUACCAAAUAAGAAGGCACAGCAACAUAUUCAGAGAAAUCUCCCAAAUAUUACAUGUUGAAGCAUUUUAUCGCAAAACAAAUCAAUAAAUACAUCAAAGAAAGUGGUUGUUCAUAAUGUCCCAAAAUUCAUUCAUUCGCCUUCCGUUCUGCUUAUCCUCACUAGGGUCAUAUAACUUCACAUUAAAUUCCUUAGAGCGAA